UGCAUUGUGGUACAGAAACAUGUGCUUCCUUUUUCAUUCGCCAUUUGCUCGCGAGGUUAUCAACCACCAAAUCAGCAUGCAGAACGAAGGUGGAGAGUUCGUGGAUAUGUACAUCCCAAGGAAAUGUUCUGCCAGUAACAGAAUUAUUGCUGCUAAAGACCAUGCUUCUAUCCAGCUGAACAUUGCUGAUGUUGACGAGACCACUGGACGUAUGACUGGUACAAACACAACCUACGCCAUCUGUGGCACAAUCAGGAGGAUGGGAGAGUCUGAUGACUCCAUCAACAGGUUGGCCAAGAAGGACAGCAUCCUUACUAAGAACUUCUGAGUGAUGGGAUGUGUGCUACAAUCGACUUUUUUCUUGUAAAUACAACUGAAUAAAGUCAAAAGUAGGGAGA